AUGGAGGAAGAGCUCAGCCCCGCGAUCCUUGCCGCUCGCGCCAAACUUCGAGAGCGUUGCGCCAAAUCCCAACAGCUAGGAGGCAAGGGAACUGCCCGCCGCAAGGCGAGGAAGACGCACAAGUCCGUGGUGGGGGAUGACAAGAAGCUGCAACUCUCCCUGAAGCGCGUUGGCGCCGCCUCUAUCUUCGGAGUAGAAGAGGUCUUCCUGCUGAGAGCCGAUGGCUCGGCCUUGCACUUCCACAACCCUAAAGUGCAAGCCGCUCCUUCAGCCAAUACGUAUGUGAUCACCGGAGCUGCGGAGGAUAAACCGAACGCAGGAGCUCUCCUGGGCGUGAGAGGCCUCUUGGGAGGCGCUGCAGGGGCCCUAGAGGGGGCGUCUAUCAACCCCGAGAUGCUCAGGCAGCUUCAGCAGCACGUGGAGAGCCUCAGCAAGAAGGAGCAGCAGAAGGAAGCGAAGGAGGAGGCAGACGACGACGUUCCCGAUCUCGUCGAUAACUUCGAGGAAGCUGCCAAGGAGUAG